GGUAUCUGAAAUUCAUUUGAAAUCGACCCUUUCGCAGUCGAUUCUCGGACGCGAUCUGAAUAACGUGAUACUAUGUCUUUUGAUAGAACUUCUGAUGACGACGCGAGAACCACGAAGACGGUGCUCAGUGAUCUCGAGGUACAAAUCCCUUCUCCAUGUGACAUGGGGUUGUUGGUGAUCGGUGAGGUAGAGGUGAAAAGCGAGAUGGACAAUAUAGAUAAUGUAUCAUCUACUAGUCCACACAGGGGUAGAUCCUAUUCGGAGAUUGAUUCUAUUGGCUAUAAAAGAUUUGUUGCUUUUCACCGACAGCGGAGCAAAUCUGUAUCUAGUACAGAUUAUUAUGUAUCAUCGGAGCCACAUAGAACUGAAAUAGAUAUGCUCGAGCCGUGUACUACGGGAUCAUCCCAAUGUAAUGAGACAAGACCGGAUAAUUUGUGUUUUGUGAGAUCAUCCCAAUCCAAUGAGAAAAAAUCGGAUACAGUCGAUGCUAAACUUGAUGCAACGCCAGUUAGCCCCGUCAAUGAAUCUUCAAUACUCACUGCAUUUAUGCCAGUAUCAAAGGAUGACAGCUGUUAUAAUAUGGAUCAUAAAAAUCGCGGCAAGUGUAUAAUCUUCAAUCACGACGAAUUUGACUAUGACCAAUUCGAGAGACGAGAGGGUUCGACAAUUGACGUGAAAAGGCUAAAAAUAACUUUUGGGAAUCUCGGAUUCGAUGUUAAAGUUCAUAACAAUUUGAAGUACAAUGAAAUUAUGAUGGAGAUAGAAAAAAUGAGUCAGUUCGAUCAUAAGGAUAACGAUUGCCUUUGCGUCAUUACGCUAACCCAUGGUAUUCACAACGAUUUGAUAAGCGCAAAAGAUGUCGUAUACAAAUCCGAUCAGCUUUGGAAGCCUUUUACUGCUGAUAAAUGUGUGACGCUUGCAGGAAAACCUAAGCUGUUCUUCUUGCAGGCCUGCAGAGGUGAAGAAGCUGACAGUGCUGUUUUACUUCAGCCUCGCAAGUUACAGAAAAGAACGGCAACUGAUUCGACAGUAACUUCUUAUGCUAUUCCAGCUCAUGCAGAUUUUCUGAUAGCUCAUAGCUCGAUUAAAGGUUUCUUUACCUGGAGAAAUCCCUCAGAAGGCACGUGGUAUAUACAAUCCUUAUGCGACAUUUUAGAUAAAUACGGAACAAAGUUAAAUUUGAUGACUAUGUUGACUAUGACAGCGCGAAAGAUUGCCACAAAUUUUGUCUCUGUUCAUAAUAACGUUAUUUUGGACAAUAAGAAGCAGGUGCCAUCAGUAACAACAAUGUUAAUUAGAGACGUUUAUUUUCCGCCAAAAUUAAUAAACAAUUCAAAGAAACAAGAAUAAGAAGUAGACGCCUACUAGAUCCGCCAUGACGUCUAAUCGAUUGGAAUCCUAGAUACAAAGAGACAGCAUUGAUAUCAAAAUUACUAUUAUAAAACUUUAUAAAACAGAUAGUGAUAUCUGUUUUACAAGGCGUUUCACUGAUAUUGAUUUUAUUUUACUUAUAAAGUAUACCAUUUUAUAUAAUAUAUGUUUAUUAUAUAUAUUUAAAUACGUAUCUCGUAUAUUCUUAAGUAUGUUUAAGAUAGAAAUAAUUGAUGCGUUUUAUAUUACAUCUAAUUCUAAGUUCCUAUUGAGUACUUUAAAAUAUUGUUUUUAUUUUAUAUACAAAAGCAUUAUUUUAA